UAGACAUAUGUGCUGCUUUCGAUGAAUCGAAAGCAUCACUGAAAAUAUUUAUACUCGAUAAAAAAAAAUAUUUUUGACCAGAGCUGCCACCUAGUCGCUGUUGUUGCGCGCCAACUUUGAAAACAGAACUUAAGCAAGAUGGAAAAACCAAACCCAAACAAGAAUAUACCCAGCUUUACGUCUGUUUGCGGCGUGCACCGCAUCUGCAGCAAAUCGAAAAUGCUAUACACCCGCCCUAAGCCAGAUGUACUUCAAAGCAUUCUACAGUCCAAGGCGAAUGCGGAUUACAAGUCACGUCGCUUGUGGUACGAGCUGAAUAUGCCCGAAUGUACCAGCCACCUGUUCGAUGGCCAAAUGUUAUCCGACAUGCCCGAGAGUUUGACCUGUGCGAAGUCCCGAUCGCGUCGCAAACAAUCCGAAAAACCCGAUGAUAGCGAUCUCAAAAGUAAAGCUGCUUCAAAUUAUAUGGUGAUGCGGCAGGAGCGCGAGCAUUUCCGCACAAAGCUCGUGGAGCUGAUCUUGCACAUGGACGAUGAUCAGGAGGGCAAUGAAAAGCAAGACUCCUUUCCCGAUCAAUCCGAGCGCGAACUCUUACGCUAUUACUACUUCAUCAAACAUGGCAUCGACACUAUUCACGUCUCCACCAUCAGCAAGAAGACUCUGAAGAGAAUUGAUAAUUUGGUGCCGGUCCUCUUGAAGAAAUGGGAUUCAGCUUUCGUCGAGAAUAUUGCCGAGGUGCGCUCCGACUAUGUGUUUGCCAUGAAGAAAGCUGUUGUCGAUUUCGUUUUGCGUCAUUCGGUUUUAGACCGCUUGACUCAGGAGGGCGCCCCACCUAAGUUCGAUACGGCCGAGAGACGUGAAAUUGAAAAACUAAUGAACCAUUUUCGAUAUCGCUAUGAUGAGAAUCGCAAUCGCCUGAAAACUACAUUGUUUUCCAUACAUCGCAGUGUGGCCAGCAUUUUGGAAGUGUGGAGCUUGAAGUACAGCAACAAAACCUUGGUCAAUAUUGAAGAACUGAGCAAGGUCGAAGAGCCCUUCACAUUAUUCAAUUUUAUCUAUUUAUGCGGCAUUCACAUCGAGAGUGGCAAAGCCAUGCUGGAGGAUGUCUGGUAUGGGGAGAUACACACAACCUUGUUAAGGGCCAGCAAACGUGGCCAGUUGCCGGAUAUACGACGCAUGACAUUGGUCAAACGAUUCUUCAACUGUGUAGCCGCUCUGAUGACCCAGCAGCUCGAGGACAUUUGCAUACGCAGCCUUAAAGCCUUUGCCGAUUACGUUUGCGAUUUUGGCAGGUCUAAUCCUGGUUUUGAAAUCUCCUGUAUAUUGGCGGAGGAGGAUACGAUAACAUUCAAUCCGAGCUUCUCGAAGAUACAAAGUGAACUCAUGCGAUUAAUUGAUUCGAUCGUGCAUGCGGUGCAGAUAAUGCCACGCAUUGAGGGCAAACUUUAUACGGAUCUAAAGAUUUCGAAGAAGCUCUUCCUGACGCCCACGGUGCCGGAUAGCAUUGUGGCCGAUACGAAGAAUAAGGUGUGCAUGAUGCUUGAGGAGCAGCGCAUUGGCCCCGAGCUACGAUUGCAGGACUUUGAUGCGUUCAUUGAUCUGAUUAACGGCAUGGACUCGGAACGUGUUGGACGCUUCAUGGACGGCGAUGCCACCUUUCAGCAGUACACGGAAUUGGUUUACGAGUAUCGAGAGAAAGAGGAUCGCAUUGCGCGAGAGGUGUGGGGCAUCAUACGCAUGGGCCUCUAUGAGUUCCAUCGGGAUAAUUUUAUCAUACAUGUCGAGCAGCUGGCACGACAGAUCCAGACAGAUCUGCUCGCUCGCAUGGUGGCCGAUCAGCAGGCGCGAAUCUCGCGACUCGGCAGGGAGUACGAUAUGAUAGCGAAGAAGGCGCUGACUGUGCCCAAGGAUACGGCCGAGCUAAUGGAACUGAAAGCCUAUGUGGUGCAUGCCGAGGAAAAUCUGGUGCCCGAGAUGGAGGCACGCCUGAAGGUGAACAUGACCGAGAUCCUUUGGCUGAUGGAUCACACGCUGUACUCCCCCCUGGAGAUCAAGAACAACAGUAAUUCCUUCCAAUGGUACUUGAAAUUGGCUUCAAUCUUUGAUCAGCAUCGCGUAAUCAUUGCCGAGAAGGUGAUCGAGUACCAGGAACUGCUCAAGAAACGCAUCGAAAUGUUCCGUCGCGAGCUGCAGAAUUAUUACGACCAGGUGCAGCUGUACGAUACGUGGGGCGACAUCAAGCAGUUGUCGAAGUAUAAGAAGCGCGCCGGACUGCUGGACCAGCGACUGGUCAAUGCCAUGGACACCAUCGAUCAGAUAAACGAGGAGGAGACUUCUUAUGGCUGGGAUCUGUCCCAGUAUCCGGUGCGCAAGAAGGCGCACGAUCAGCUAAAGCCCUAUAAGAAUCUCUUCGAUGCCGGUCAGGACUUCAUUGACAAGUGGGAGCUGUGGAUGUACUCGCAAGUGGGCUCCUUCGAUCCGGAUGAGAUCGAUCAGGAUGUGUCGAACUUUUAUCGUAUUGUACAAAAGCUGGAAAAGCUCAUGGGCGAUCAUCCCAUUACCAUGCAGCUCAUCAUGGAUGUCAAGGAGCAAAUGGAACUCUUCCGCGGACAUAUGCCCAUCAUCAAUACCCUGGGCAAUCCCGGCAUGAAGGCGCGCCAUUGGGAGCAAGUCUCUGAAAUUAUUGGCUUCCCCAUCAAAGUGUCGCCGGAGCUGACGCUCGAGAAGAUUAUUGACUACCAGCUGGACGAGUAUGUGCCUAAGUUCGAGGCCAUCUCGGAGAGUGCCACCAAGGAGAAUAACCUUGAAAAGGCCAUGGCCAGAAUGGCCAACGAAUGGGAGGGCGUUGAAUUUGGUAUAUCGCCCUACAGGGAUUCUGGUACCUUUAAGCUGUCCGCCGUGGAUGACAUACAAAUUUUGUUGGACGAUCAAAUCAUCAAGACGCAGACAAUGAAGAGCUCACCCUACAUCAAGCCAUUCGAGGCGGAAAUACUCAAGUGGGAGGCGAAGCUGAUGCUGCUGCAGGAAAUUUUGGACGAAUGGCUGCGCGUGCAGGCCACUUGGAUGUAUCUGGAGCCCAUUUUCAGCAGUCCAGAUAUUCAGCAACAAAUGCCCGAGGAGGGACGACGCUUCAGUGCUGUGGAUAAGAUCUGGAAGGAACUGAUGAAGCAGGUUUCACUGGACUCACGCGUGAUGACCGUUGUUCAAAUCGACAAGAUGAAUGAUAAGCUGAAGAGGGCGUAUAAUCUGCUGGAGAUCAUUCAGAAGGGUCUCAACGCUUACUUGGAGAAGAAGCGUUUGUACUUCCCGCGUUUCUUCUUUCUGUCCAACGACGAGCUGCUCGAGAUUCUGUCCGAAACCAAGGAUCCCACGCGCGUACAGCCGCAUCUCAAGAAGUGUUUCGAGGGUAUUGGCUCGCUCACGUUCACCGAGGAAUUGGAGGUCACAGCGAUGCGUUCGUCGGAGCGAGAAGUAGUCGUGCUGGCCGAUGUCAUCUCGACAGCCAAGGCACGUGGACAGGUGGAGAAGUGGCUGCUGGAGCUUGAGAUCGAUAUGAAGAAGAGUUUGCAUCAGAAGAUAUCGGAGGCCUUUUACAGUUACGUUAAGAUGCAGCGCAACAUUUGGGUGCUUAGCUGGCCGGGCCAGUGCGUGCAGUCGAUUUCGUUGACCUAUUGGACCCUAGAGAUCACCGAGUGCUUCCUAAGCGAAACACCCAAGGAGAGCUUGGCAAAGUAUCUGCAGAAGUGCAUGAAUCAAAUUAUGAAGAUUGUGGAUCUGGUGAGAGGAGAUCUGAACACACAGAAUCGUAUUACCCUAGGCGCACUGGUAGUGCUCGAUGUCCAUGCACGCGACGUCCUGGCGGAAAUCGUUGAGAAAGAGGUUGACGACCUGCAGGACUUCCAGUGGCUUUGCCAAUUGCGCUACUACUGGGAGGAAAACAAUUUGGAUACACGCAUGAUCAAUUGUUCCCUGCCCUAUGGUUAUGAGUACUUGGGCAAUACUCCCCGAUUGGUGGUAACUCCCUUGACAGAUCGUUGUUAUCGCACCCUAUUUGCCGCCUUGAAUCUGCAUUUGGGUGGCGCUCCGGAGGGUCCGGCCGGCACGGGCAAAACGGAGACCACCAAGGAUUUGGCCAAGGCCGUGGCCAAACAGUGCGUCGUCUUCAAUUGCUCCGAUGGCUUAGAUUAUCUGGCUCUGGGCAAGUUCUUUAAGGGCUUAGCUUCUUGCGGCGCCUGGUCGUGCUUCGAUGAGUUCAAUCGUAUCGAUCUGGAGGUGUUGUCUGUGGUCGCCCAACAGAUUCUCACCAUACAGCGUGGCAUCAACUCGGGCUCCCCCACUUUGGUCUUUGAGGGUACGACCUUGACGCUAGAUCCCACUUGUGCGGUGUUUAUUACCAUGAAUCCCGGCUAUGCAGGACGAUCCGAGUUGCCUGAUAAUCUGAAGGCUCUGUUCCGCUCCGUGGCUAUGAUGGUGCCGGAUUAUGCAUUGAUUUCCGAGAUUGAAUUGUACUCCUAUGGUUUCCUGAGGGCCAAGCCACUCUCGGUGAAGAUUGUGGCCACCUAUCGUCUGUGCUCGGAGCAGCUGAGUACCCAGUGCCAUUACGAUUAUGGUAUGCGAGCUGUCAAGUCGGUGCUGAAGGCAGCUGGUGCCUUGAAGCUGCGCUAUCGAGAUGAGAGCGAAGACAUUCUUGUGCUGCGCUCUAUCAAGGAUGUGAAUUUGCCCAAGUUCUUGAACCAGGAUAUACCACUGUUCCAGGGCAUUACGUCGGAUCUGUUCCCGGGUGUCACUCUACCCGAGGCGGACUACGUGGUGUUCAAUGCGUGCACAAUGUUGGCAUGCGAGAAACAGAACAAGCAAUGUACGCCGUUUGUGCUCGAGAAGGUGCAGCAGCUCUAUGAGAUGAUCGUGGUGCGACACGGUCUCAUGUUGGUGGGUUAUCCAUUUGGCGGCAAGACCACUACAUAUCGGGUCCUGGCCGAGGCGCUCGAGUGCAUGGAGAAAAAGGAUGGCUCUGAAAACAAAGCUAUAUAUACGAUCAUCAAUCCAAAGGCCAUAACCAUGGGCCAGCUGUAUGGACAGUUCGACGCCGUGUCGCAUGAGUGGAGUGAUGGGAUCUUGGCUGUAAAUUAUCGGAUUUUUGCUGUAUCCGAUUCACCGGACCGAAAGUGGCUCAUCUUCGAUGGACCUGUGGAUGCCAUCUGGAUUGAGAACAUGAACACCGUACUGGAUGAUAAUAAGAAACUCUGCCUAAUGUCCGGCGAGAUUAUCCAGUUGUCGAACACUACCAAUUUGAUAUUUGAGCCAAUGGAUCUGGAAGUGGCCUCGCCUGCCACGGUUUCGCGGUGUGGCAUGAUCUAUCUGGAGCCCAGUUCGCUGGGCUGGGAGCCGCUGGUCACCUCGUGGAAGAACACCCUGCCCGCUGCCUUCCACACGGUGAGCAAACAGCUCAUCUCAGCGCUGAUCUCUCGCUUCUGUCCGCUGCUCCUCUUCAUCGUGCGGAAGGGUCUGCGCGAGAUUGCGCCCACUUCGGACACCAAUUUGAUGGUUAGUUUGAUGAAUUUCUUUGAGUGCUUCAUCGAUGAUUUCCGCGAUGAGAAGUACGUGGCGAAUAUUUCGGAUUUGGAUUUUCGUGCGCAAACCGAGGGCAUUUUCCUAUUCUCGGCAAUUUGGUCGAUCGGUGGCUCGUUGACGUCCGAGAGCCGGGAGAAAUUCAACAUAGUCUUUCGUGCGCUCAUGGAGAAGACUUUUCCACAAAGCCUGUACGAUAUGUACGACGUUACGGAAGAUUUGUAUGUGGAGCCAUUGUCGAAGCCCUUCAUCUUUCCCAUACCCAAGCAAGGUUCGGUGUUUGACUAUCGCUACAUAAAGGAGGGCAAGGGCAAAUGGAAGCCCUGGCAGGAUGAUGUUAACUCAGCACCGCCUCUGCCACGCGAUAUACCCGUCAACCAGAUUCUCAUCCAGACCAAUGAGAGCGUGCGUAUUGCAGCCGUAUUGGAUCUGUUGGUGCGACAUGGAUUUCCCCUAAUGCUGGUCGGACCCACCGGCACGGGCAAGAGCGUCUAUGUCAUUGACUACAUGUUAAAGAAAAUGGAUUUGCUUGUCUACAAGCCGCUGUUCAUCAGCUUCUCGGCCCAGACGUCGGCCAAUCAGACACAGGACAUUAUCAUGUCCAAGCUGGACAAGAGACGAAAAGGCGUCUUUGGACCGCCCCUGAAUAGUCGCUUUGUGAUCUUCGUGGAUGAUGUCUCGAUGCCACUGAAGGAGAACUACGGAGCACAGCCGCCCAUCGAGCUGCUGCGCAUGAUGCUCGAUCAUAUGAUGUGGUAUGAUCGCAAGAAUAUUGUGCCCAUGAAGCUGAUCGAUCUGCAGAUGAUUGUGGCGAUGGGUCCUCCCUCGACGGGCAAUACGGUUACACCGCGUUUCCAGCGCUUCUUCAAUGUGAUCUCGAUUGAUGAUUUCAACGAUGACAUUAUGAGUACGAUUUUCGGCAAGAUCGUGCUCUGGCACUUGGAUGCACGUGGCUUCUCGAAGGAGUUCGAUCCUUGCAUCGAUGAGAUUGUGGGUGCAACGUUGUCUGUGUACAAUGAUGCCAAGUUGAAUCUGUUGCCCACCCCGGCCAAGUCGCAUUAUCUGUUCAAUUUGCGUGACUUUUCACGCGUCAUACAGGGUGUCCUGCUGUCGGUGCCGGAGGCUACAGAGGACAUGAAUUCAAUGCGGCGUCUCUGGGUGCAUGAGGUGUUGCGCGUCUAUGGCGAUCGUUUGGUCGAGGACUCCGAUCGUAGUUGGUUAUUUGGGAAAUUGUGCUCGGUGGUGCAGGAUAACUUCAAUAUCGAGCCAUCGCGUCUGUUUUCACGCUUAGUGCCACAGGGUAAAAAGCUGGAAGAGAACGACUUUCGGCAAUUGAUCUACUGCGAUUUCACCAAUCCGAAAGCGGAUAUGAAAAACUAUGUCGAGGUGCAGGACGUGGAAGAGUUGCGUACGGUUGUGGAGGCGUAUCUAGUUGAAUAUAAUAACAUGUCGAAGAAACCAAUGAAUCUGGUGCUUUUCCGCUUUGCCAUCGAACAUUUAUCGCGCAUAUGUCGCAUCAUAAAGCAGCCACGUAGUCAUGCUCUGCUCAUCGGGGUCGGCGGCUCCGGGCGCCAGAGCUUGACUCGAUUGGCUUCGCAUAUAUGCGACUAUGAGCUGUUUCAAGUGGAAAUAACUCGAUUGUAUGGUCCGUAUGAGUAUCACGAGGAUAUCAAAUCGAUCUUGCGUAAAAUUGGUGCCUCUGAAAUGCACGGCGUAUUUCUCUUUACGGACGUUCAGAUCAAAGACGAAUCUUUUCUGGAGGAUAUUAACAAUCUGUUGAAUUCCGGCGAGGUGCCCAAUCUGUUCACCAAUGAGGAGAAGAUCGAGGUGGUUGAAAAGAUGGCGCAAAUCGACAAGCAGCGCGACAAGGCCGUACAAACCGAUGGCAGUCCCGUUGCCCUAUUUAACUUUUUCGUUACGACCUGUAAGGAUCAGCUGCACAUUGUGUUGGCCAUGUCGCCGAUUGGCGAUGCGUUGCGUAAUCGCAUACGCAAAUUUCCCUCGAUUGUCAACUGCUGUACGAUCGAUUGGUUCCAGCCCUGGCCCGAGGAUGCUCUACUUGCCGUGUCCACCCGCUUCCUGGCUGCCGAGGAGCUGACUGCGCUUGAGCGCAAAACGGCCAUUGAUAUGUGCAUGGAGUUCCAUACGUCCACACAGGAUUUGUCGGCCAAGUUCUUUAAGAUGUUGCAUCGCUACAACUAUGUGACGCCCACGUCCUAUUUGGAGCUGAUACAGACAUUCAAGGCGUUACUUAGCCAAAAGAGAAACAACAUCACCAUGAAUCGAAAUCGUUAUUUGACGGGCAUUUCGCAGCUGGAUAUUGCCGCCCAGCAGGUGGCCGUCAUGCAGGAGCAGCUGCAGGCGCUGGAGCCGAAGCUGAAGGAGGCCUCCGAGAUCGUGGCCGAGCAGGUGGCCAAGGUGACGGCGGACAGUAAAUUGGCCGCCGAGCAGCGAGAGCUGGUCAAGGAGGAUGAGCAGGCAGCCAAGCAGCAGGCAGCCAUUGCUCAGGAGAUCAAAGACGAGUGCGAUGCCAAGUUGGGUGAAGCGCUGCCCAUUCUGGAGGCUGCCCUCUCCGCGUUGAACACUCUAACCACGGCUGAUAUCGCCGUGGUGAAGACCAUGAAGAGUCCGCCCAUCGGUGUGCGCAUCGUUAUGGAGGCUGUUUGCAUUCUGAAGGAAAUGAAGCCCGAUAAGGUGCCCAAUCCCAGUGGCGUGGGCACCGUCGAGGACUAUUGGGGUCCAUCGAAGCGUGUGCUCAGUGAUAUGAAAUUCCUGGACAGUUUGCUCAACUUCGACAAGGACAACAUAUCGCCGGAUGUGAUGAAGAAACUGCAACAGCGUAUUCUCAACAACGAAGCCUUCGAUCCGGAGAAGAUUAAGACGGCAUCCACGGCGUGCGAAGGUCUCUGUCGCUGGGUCAUUGCACUCUCCAAAUACGAUGUGGUGGCCAAAAUUGUGGCGCCCAAGAAGAUCGCCUUAGCUGCCGCCGAGGCCGACUACAAUGCGGCCAUGAAGUUGCUAAACGAAAAGCUGGCCCAAUUGGCCAGGGUCGAGGCCAACUUGGCCGCUAUUCAGAAGAUCCUCGAUGAGCAGCUAAGACAAUAUGGUGUCUUAUUGGCAGAGCAUGAAGCUUGUACAAAGAAGUUGCAGCGCGCCCAGGAGCUCAUUUCUGGCUUGGGCGGCGAGCGUACGCGUUGGUCGGAGACAGCUCGGGUGCUUCAGGCGAGCUUUAAGAGCGUGACGGGUGAUGUGCUCAUAUCGUCUGGAGUUGUGGCCUAUUUGGGCCCAUUCACCAUCGACUUCCGUGUCACGCAAAUACGCAAAUGGGUAGCAAAGUGCCUGGACUACGGAGUGACCUGCUCGGCGGACUUCCAGUUGGCUGUGGUGCUGGGUGAGCCGGUGGAAAUUCGCUUCUGGAAUAUUUGCGGUUUGCCAACGGAUGCGUUUUCCGUUGAGAGCGCCAUCAUGAUGAAGAAUGCGCGUCGUUGGCCGUUGAUGAUUGAUCCACAGGGGCAGGCCAAUAAAUGGAUUAAGAACUAUGAGAAGAACAACAAGCUGUGCGUCAUACGUUUGAAUCAGGCGGAUUAUACGCGCGUGCUGGAGAAUGCCAUACAGUUCGGUUUGCCCGUGCUGCUCGAGAAUAUUGGGGAGGAGUUGGAUCCCAUACUGGAGUCUAUAUUGCUGAAGCAGCUGUUCAAACAAGGCGGUACGAUGUGCAUUAAGCUGGGCGACACGGUUAUUGAAUACAAUAAUGCAUUCAGAUUCUAUAUGACAACGAAACUGAGAAAUCCCCAUUAUCUGCCCGAGGUGGCGGUAAAGGUAACCCUGUUGAAUUUCAUGAUUACCACACAGGGCCUACAGGAUCAAUUGCUGGGCAUUACGGUGGCCAGAGAACGGCCCGAUCUGGAGGCCGAGAAGAAUAAUCUCAUUGUACAAGGCGCUGAGAAUAAGCGCAUGUUGAAGGAAACUGAAGAUCAGAUAUUGGAGGUGCUCUCCUCGGCCGAGAACAUAUUGGAGGAUGAGACGGCGGUGCAGAUACUGAGCUCUGCCAAGGCUCUGGCCAAUGACAUCAGCGAGAAGCAGAUUAUUACAGAGGCCACCGAGAAGCAAAUCGAUUUGGCUCGCCUCAGCUACGUGCCCAUAGCAGAGCACUCGACAAUUCUCUUCUUUACCAUAGUUAAUCUGGCUAACAUUGAUCCCAUGUACCAAUACAGUUUGGUUUGGUUUGUCAACCUGUACAUGGCCUCCAUUGACAAUACGGAGAAGGUGGAUGAUAUUGAGGCGCGUCUGCUGGACUUACGCAAUCAUUUCACCUACAGCCUGUACGUCAACAUCUGUCGCAGUCUCUUCGAGCGUGAUAAGCUCUUGUUCUCCCUCAUAUUGAACAUUAAUCUGAUGAAGCACGAAAACUUGAUUGACAAUUCCGAAUGGAUGUUCCUCCUAACUGGUGGAAUUGGCCUAGAGAAUCCGUAUAAGAAUCCCACCUCAUGGCUGGGCGUCCAAAACUGGGAUGAAUGCUGCCGUUUAUCGAACAUGCCCAACUUUAAGGGACUGCGCGAAGAUGUCAGCGCCAAUCCGGAUAGCUGGAAAUUGCUAUUCGAUGCGAAGACACCGCAAGACAAUCAAUCCAUACCCAAGGAGUGGCAGAAACGUUUAAGUGUCUUUCAGCAAUUGCUGCUGCUGCGCGUCUUUCGACCGGAUAAAUUGGUGCCAGCUGUGCUGAACUUUGUGGCUGGCGAGUUGGGACCACGAUUUGUGGACCCGCCUCAGUUCGAUUUGAUGGCCUCCUUUGGCGACUCGCAUUGCUGUGUGCCAUUGAUAUUUAUUUUGACGCCUGGCUCGGAUCCGACAGCCACUCUAUUGAAAUUUGCCGAGGACCAGGGCUUCGGCACAAAUCGUUUGUUCUCCCUGUCCCUGGGCCAGGGCCAAGGGCCCAUUGCCAUCAAGAUGAUCGACGAGGGAGUCAAGCUGGGCAAUUGGGUGGUUCUGCAAAAUUGCCAUUUGGCAGCCAGCUUCAUGCCGUCGCUGGAGAAGGUCUGCGAAAAUCUGUUGCCCGACUCAACGCAUCCAGAUUUUCGUCUCUGGCUCACCUCAUACCCAGCUGAGCACUUUCCGGUUGUGGUGCUGCAGAACGGCAUCAAGAUGACAAAUGAACCGCCCAAGGGUCUGCGUUCGAACAUAACACGUUCGAUGCUCAGCGAUCCGAUUAGCGAUCUGGAGUGGUACGAGUCCUGCACACAGCCGCGCGUCUUCAAGCAGCUGAUCUAUUCACUGUGCUUCUUCCAUGCCGUCAUCCAGGAGCGGCGAUACUUCGGACCCAUCGGCUGGAACAUACCCUACGAAUUCAAUGAGACAGAUCUACGUAUUUCGCUCAUGCAGCUUCGCAUGUUCCUCAACCAGUACGAGACGGUCAACUAUGAUGCUCUACGCUAUCUGACAGGCGAGUGUAAUUAUGGUGGUCGUGUCACGGACGAUUGGGAUCGUCGCACACUGAAGACCAUACUGGAUCGGUAUUACUGUCCCAAUGUCAUUGAUCUGGAGAAGCCCUACUAUCUGGAUGAGACGGGCCAUUACUAUGUGCCCGUAUUCAAGGACGUUGAGUUGUAUAUCAAUUUCACACGCGACUUGCCACAAAUAUCGCCGCCAUCGAUCUUUGGCUUCCAUGCGAACGCUGAUAUCAUGAAGGAUCAGCAGGAGACGGAUAUGUUGGUCUCACAUACGCUGUUGACACAGGAUACGAGUAGCUCGUCAGAUGACAGUGAGGGCUCCAAGACGCUGACACCCGAGGAGGUGGUUACGAAUGUAGCCACCGAUAUAUUGGAAAAAUUGCCCCCGCUAUUUGAUCGCGAGGCGGCGCUACAUCGAUAUCCGACCCAAUACCAUCAGAGCAUGAACACGGUGCUGGUCCAGGAAAUGGUGCGAUUCAAUGUGCUGCUAAACACAAUACGCACCAGUUUGAUCACAUUGCGAAAGGGCAUUAAGGGUCUCGUGGUCAUGUCCGCCGCCGUGGAGGCGGUCUACAAGUCUGUGCUGAUUGCCAAAAUUCCAGCCAUGUGGGCCAGCAAGUCCUACCCCAGUCUAAAGCCUCUUGGCAGCUACGUUGCCGACUUUCUGCGUCGCCUCGAAUUCCUUCAGCAUUGGUACGAGCAUGGCGCACCUUCAACCUUUUGGCUGUCGGGCUUCUUCUUUACGCAGGCUUUCCUCACGGGCGCCCAGCAGAAUUAUGCCCGGAAAUACGUAAUUUCCAUAGAUCUGUUGGCUUUCGACUAUGAGGUGCUGUCGCUGGAGGAGGCGGAUAUUGGCAACACCAGUGCACCGGCCGAUGGUGUUUUCGUCUAUGGCAUCUAUCUGGAGGGCGCCUGCUGGGAUCGCAAGAACAAAUACCUGGCCGAGUCGCGACCGCGCAUGCUCUUCGACACAAUGCCCCUGAUAUGGCUGCGGCCCCUGAAGCGUGUCGAUCUGCCCGAGCGCCACAACUAUUUGUGUCCACUCUAUAAGACGGCCGAGCGUCGUGGUAUUCUCUCGACGACGGGACACAGCACCAACUUUGUGGUCGCCAUGCUAUUGGACUGCAAUCCGAAGACGCCCAUUGCCCAUUGGAUCAUACGUGGCACGGCACUUCUCUGUCAAUUGAGUUUCUAAAUUCCAUGUUUAGCAUAUGUCUAUGUAUGCGAUAUACUAAUUCAUAUCCAAACUGUUUGCUGUUUGAGCUUGUAUGAGUGUAAUAGUAAAUUGAAAAAUAGCUGCUGCAGAUGCCUGACGGCUCUGCUCAGACGUACAUUAAAAUUGUAAGAGGCUAUAA